AUGAGACUUCUAGUGCGCAGCAAGGCAAUCUCAACAGGACUUUUUCAAAGACUUGCGACUGUCAACCCAGUGGUGAUACUGGCCAAUGCCCUGAUAUUCACCCCGAAUCUCCGUACAAAUCCAAUUGGAAGGCCUCAAUUGCAGAAAACUUUUGGCAGAAGUACCUUUGUUCGCGAAUUUCACUCAACUCCAAUCACAAUGGCAAGCCUCUCCGAGCUCAAACAGACUUUGACACCAACCCUCCUUGAUGACGUACACAAGUUGUGGUUUGAUCAUCUGAGCUGCGACGAGGCGCUCAUCCUACCCGGAUGGAGCGAUAUGGGGAAGUGGUUUUCUCAUGACGAGGCUUUUGACAAGGCCUGCGUCACCCAAUUCCGCCCAGCUUUGGAAAUAAUAGUUGGCUCCGGAGCAUCAGCCUCGGACAUUCUAUCUGCAGUUAACCCAUCCUCACCGAUGGAUUGGCUCUGCCUCAUUAUUCUACUUGACCAGAUUCCCCGCAAUUCCUACCGGGGAGCCGAGUCAAAGCUGGUGUUUGGGCGCUUUGACCCAUUAUCCGAGGAGAUUGCCCUUCGCGCAAUUAAAGAAGGGAUACCGACACAGUCACCGUAUUUCAAGUAUCGAAUGGCGUAUCGUACUUGGUUCCAUAUGCCCCUUAUGCAUUCGGAAAACUUGGCUGUGCAUGAGCAAGCCAUCAAGGUGCACGAGGAUAUAGCCAGAGAUUUGAAUGAGCUUAUGGCUAGGGAUGCAUCAACUCUUACGGAAGAGGAAAGAAAAUGCCACGGUGUUCUAUCCGAGCAGGCGGAGGCGGUCCAGACAUUCUUGAGCAGUAAUUCUGACUUUGAAAAGAGGCACAAAGUGAUCAUUGAGAGGUUUGGACGAUACCCCCAUCGGAACCAGGCACUGGGGAGAGUAUCUACCCCGGAGGAAAUUGAAUACCUGAACAAUGGCGGGGAGACAUUUAGUGGUAGCUCAAAUUGA